UUUGCUUAGAUUUGGAUUUAAAGUUCUCUCUAAUUUGCGUCAUUCAGUGCUAAAAAGUUUGUUGGAUACAGUUACUUUGGUUGUAUUGUGUGUUGUGGCGCAUAUUAUUAGUGAAAAAUGUGUUAAUAAUAAUUCCGAAAUAAUAUUCGACACGUGAGUUACAUUCUUCAGUUGGUGGUGGCAUAUGGUUUAAUAAGUUUUUCCAAAAAAAUUACAUAACCUUUAUUUUGGAUAAUAAACCUCGAAUAAAACGAAUUUUGUAUGCCGACAGCGAAUAUUCAGGAUGUUGACGUUAUACGGAUCGAGCCUAAUAAUAAAAAGCAGUACAAUCUAACCUCAACAAUGAAGAAUCCAACUACGGCACCUUACAACAAUACCUUGUCUGUUUUAAGUCAUGUUAAGUUCGAACACUUAAUAGCAGGAAUCUCAGGUGGAGCUAUAUCCACACUAAUACUACAUCCAUUGGAUCUGAUGAAAAUUAGAUUUUCAGUGAAUGAUGGAAGGACUGCUUUACCUCAAUAUAGCAGCUUAACAAGUGCAUUUUAUACAAUUGUUAAACAAGAAGGUGUUAAAGGACUUUACAGAGGUGUAACUCCAAAUGUAUGGGGUUCAGGGAGUGCAUGGGGCUUCUACUUUUUAUUUUAUAACACAAUAAAGAAUUGGAUUCAAGCGGGAGACAGUCAAUAUCCGCUGGGUCCUUCUUUGCACAUGUUGGCUGCAUCAGAAGCAGGGAUCCUAACCUUACUUGUCACUAAUCCAAUAUGGGUGGUAAAAACAAGGUUGUGUCUGCAAUAUGGGACCUGCGGUGCAACAGUGCCCAGCAGCCAAUGGUACAAUGGUGUGGGGGACGCCCUGGUCAAAAUUUACCGCAACGAAGGCUUUCGGGGUUAUUACAGGGGUUUCAUUCCCGGGAUGUUCGGCGUCACCCAUGGGGCCCUACAAUUCAUGACCUAUGAAGAAAUGAAGGCCUACUAUAACCAGUACAGAAAACUGCCACACGACAGCAAACUGACAACAGGGGAGUAUCUCGGUUUCGCGGCGAUAUCGAAACUGAUUGCAGCUGCGGCCACAUAUCCUUACCAGGUGCUAAGGACGAGGUUGCAGGAUCAGCACCACAGUUACAAGGGCACUUGGGAUUGCAUAAAAAUGACGUGGAAGUACGAGCGUAUGAGAGGUUUCUAUAAAGGGCUGGCGCCGUAUUUAUUACACGUCACCCCUAAUAUAUGUCUAGUCAUGCUUAUAUACGAGAAAUUUACAAAUUAGUUGACGAUUUAAGUAUUGAUGAACAUUUAAUUUGGUAUGUCCGUCCUACACAAUAAAUCUACGUCUUCUUAUUUGCAUAGCUUAACUACAAUAAUUAUAAUAAUAAUAAUUUAUUUUAAUUGUCUAGAGUGUAGGACUUUAGAUUUAUUAAAUACCAAAAUUAAUUACAAAAUUCCGGGUUAGGAAGUUUGUUGUGAUAGUAGGAAAUUUUUAACUAUAUUAAAGAAAUUCCGAAUAGCUGUCAAAUUUAAUGUACUUAUGGGAAUCGUUUUUACAUUAUUAUUAUGUAUUUGACAAACAAAUGUUUAAAUAAUGAGCAAUAAUCAACAAUAAAAAUGUUCACUAUACUUUACUUAAUAAUAAUUAAUUUCAACAUAUCAAUUCUUUAAGUUUUGUUGAAUAAAAACUUGACAACAAGCAGGGUUGUAAAAUUAUUAAAUUAUUUUUCUAUAAAUUAG